GCCUCGGGACCCGCGAACCCGGCAGGCUGGCAGCGCGCUAUCUUCGCGUAGCUCUGGGCUGGCGGCCGUGGCGCCGGGCGGGUGGGUGGGAUCGUGGCGGAGUUUCAGGCGCCUGGGCAGGGGCGAGAGGACGCCAUGGCGGCUGUCGAGGCGGCAGCUUCCGCUGCCCACGCCGCGGCGAUGUGAGGGGGCCGCCUCUUCUACGACUGAGGAGGCCACGGCUGCCCAGGCCGCGGCUCCGGCAUGGCCGGGAUCAUUAAGAAGCAGAUCCUGAAACACCUGUCCCGGUUUACUAAGAAUCUUUCCCCGGACAAAAUAAACUUGAGCACCCUGAAAGGAGAGGGUCAGCUGACCAACCUAGAGCUGGAUGAAGAGGUUCUACAGAAUGUGCUGGAGCUGCCCACCUGGUUAGCCAUCACUCGGGUCUACUGCAACAGGGCCUCCAUCCGGAUCCAGUGGACAAAGUUGAAGACACACCCAAUUUGCUUGUGUCUGGAUAAAGUAGAGGUGGAGAUGAAGACCUGUGAGAAUCCUCGGCCUCCCAAUGGACAGUCUCCCAUUGCCCUUGCUUCAGGACAGAGUGAAUAUGGCUUUGCUGAAAAGGUGGUAGAAGGAAUGUUCAUCAUUGUCAAUUCCAUCACCAUCAAGAUUCAUUCUAAGGCCUUCCAUGCUUCUUUUGAAUUGUGGCAGCUCCAAGGGUAUAGCGUCAACCCCAGCUGGCAGCAGAGUGACCUACGCCUGACUCGCAUCACUGAUCCCCACCGAGGAGAGGUUUUAACAUUUAAGGAAAUAACUUGGCAAACACUUCGAAUUGAGGCAGAUGCUACAGACAAUGGUGAUCAAGACCCUGUAACCACUCCAUUGAGGCUUAUUACCAACCAAGGCAGAAUCCAAAUAGCCCUCAAGAGAAGAACCAAAGAUUGCAAUGUGAUAGCCUCCAAACUGAUGUUCCUGUUGGAUGACCUGCUCUGGGUAUUGACUGACUCACAGCUCAAGGCUAUGAUGAAGUAUGCAGAGUCGCUGAGUGAAGCCAUGGAGAAGUCAGCCCAACAAAGAAAAAGCCUGGCUCCUGAACCUAUACAGAUUACUCCACCUGCUCCCAGUGCCCAGCAGUCCUGGACCCAGGCGUUUGGUAGCAGCCAGGCCAACAGCAAUAGCAGCAGCAGCCGCCUCAGCCAAUACUUUGAGAAAUUUGAUGUGAAAGAGUCCUCCUAUCAUCUGCUCAUCUCCCGCCUGGAUCUGCACAUUUGUGAUGAUAGUCAGUCACGAGAGCCAGGUGUCUCUGCAAACAGACUCACAGGUGGUGCCAUGCAGCUUACCUUCCGCAAGAUGGCAUUUGACUAUUACCCCUUCCAUUGGACAGGUGAUAGCUGCAAACACUGGGUACGGCACUGUGAGGCCAUGGAGACUCGCAGCCAGUGGGCCCAGAAGCUGGUGAUGGAAUUUCAGAAUAAAAUGGAGAAGUGGCAUGAGGAUAUGCAUCUGAAACCACCCUGGCACCUGGGCGUAGACUCUCCCUUCCGGAGGAAAGCAGAAUCUCUCUCCAGUCCUCGAAAGAAUUCUCUUGAGAGAAACCCCUCUCAGAGUCGCCAGGCUGCCUUUUGGCCUCCAGCAUGGAAUCGCUUGCGCUCAAGCUGCAUGGUAGUACGGGUGGAUGACCUGGACAUCCACCAGGUUUCUACAGCUGGACAACCAAGUAAGAAGCCAUCUACACUCCUUUCCUGCAGUCGGAAACUCCACAACCUACCCACUCAGGUCUCUGCCAUUCAUAUUGAGUUCACAGAGUAUUACUUCCCAGAUAAUCAGGAGCUUCCAGUUCCUUGUCCCAAUCUGUACAUUCAAUUAAAUGGUCUGAUGUUUACUAUGGAUCCUGUCAGCUUGCUCUGGGGAAACCUCUUUUGCCUGGAUUUAUAUCAUAGCUUAGAGCAGUUCAAAGCUAUCUACAAGCUGGAAAAUUCAAGUCAGAAAGAUGAACACUUGGACAUCCGACUGGAUGCCUUUCGUUUGAAGGUGAGCUUUCCACUGGAGAAGAGAGAACAGGCAGAGUUGCAUCGUCCCCAGGCCCUUGUCUUCUCUGGAUUAGGCAUGAUUGCCACCAAUACACGUCAUGCCCCAAAUUGUGGCUGUUCAGACCUCCAGAAUCUUUUCCGGGGUUUUGCUGCUGCUGAGUUCUUUCAUUCCAACUAUGAUCACUUUCCUAAGGUUCCAGGUGGCUUUAGUCUUCUGCACAUGCUUUUUUUGCACCAUGCCUUCCAGAUAGAUUCCCACCUGCUUCAGUCUGGUACUAUCCCUCCCCAGAGGCCUAAGGCUUCCCAGGAUCUCUGGUCUGUCCACUUCACCCAGAUCUCCUUGGACUUUGAGGGAACAGAGAACUUCAAAGGCCACACCUUGAAUUUUGUGGCCCCCUUCCCCUUGUCCAUUUGGGUCUGCCUACCCCUCCGCUGGCAGCAAGCCCAGGCACAGAAUCUCCUUUUGGCCUCAGAGGGGAGGCUGAAACCAUCAGCCAGUUUUGGCAGUCCUGUCCAAUCUGAGGCCCUUGCCCCUGAAUCUGUGCACCAUCAGAGGUCAAAGACUGAGCAUGAUUUGAAAAGUUUAUCAGGCUUUCCAGAAGUCAUGAAAAUUCUGAGAGAAGACAGUAGUGUUGUGGAUAACAAAGGGCCCCUGACAGAGCUGGAGGAUGCAGCAGAUAUUCACAUGCUGGUAUACUCCCCAUCCCAUAUCUGUGUAAGGCUUGACCACUACCAGUACUUGGCUCUGCUCCGCCUGAAGGAGGUGCUGCAGGGUCUUCAGGAGCAGCUGACUAAGGAUACAGAGGCCAUGACUGGGUCUCCCCAGCAAGACUGGACAGUUUGUAUUGGAGUCCUGUUUCCCAGUGCUGAAGUGGCUCUGCUUAUGCAUCCUGCUCCUGGGGCUGUUGAUACUGACUCUGCAGGUUCAGAUAGCACCAGUCUCAUAGGCUCAGAAUUGUCUCCUUCAGAUGAUCGGGAACCAAAGUCUGAUGCCUCCUCAGAUCAGGGCCCAGCAAGCCAAGAGAAGGUCCUAGAGGAUAGUAGCAUUGAAAAUCUGGAUGCAUCUCAGGGGAGGCCACAUAGCAAUGGAGAACCUCAUGACUCAGGUCCACUGGCCCACCACUUGGCAGGGAAGGGCCAUGAGGCUGUUGAGUCCCUACAGGCCAAAAGACUGAGCAGAACUCAAGCUUCCAGCUCACCAGCUAUGUUGAAGCCCCCAGCUGGCAAGGAUACUGCUGUGAAUGGACAGGGUGAGCUCAUCCCUUUGAAGAACGUUGAGGGAGAAUUGUCAAGUGCUAUUCACAUGACUAAGGGUGCCACUAAAGAGGCUUUACACGCCACUGUGGACUUCACCAAGGAAGCUGUGUCUUUGACUAAGGAUGCCUUCAGUCUGGGCAGAGAUAGAAUGACCUCCACCAUGCACAAGAUGUUGUCUUUGCCUCCAGCCAAGGAGUUCAUGGCCAAGACAGAUGAGGGUGUGGUAGCCCCAGUGAGUGGAAGCGCUGCUCGACUCCGAUUUUUCUCCAUGAAGAGGACAAUAUCUCAACAGUCAUUUGAUGGUGUCUCAUUGGAUAGUGGUGGUCCCGAGGACCGGAUUUCUGUGGACAGUGAUGGCAGUGACAGCUUUGUGAUGCUCCUGGAAUCUGAGCCUGGUUCUGAAUCUGUCCCACCAGGAUCUCUUCCAAAUGUCUUAGAUGAUGCUGUUGUUCCAGGGAGCCCUGUUGUGGAUAAUUAUGGCCAAAGGUCACCAGAGGCCAUCAGUUCUGUUUCACCCAGUGGAGAAGACUUUAUCUUUCACCCGGUCUCAGUUCUGGUACUGAAGGUGAAUGAGGUGUCUUUUGGGAUUGAGGUACGUGGUGACGACCUGUCUGUAGCCUUACAAGCAGAGGAACUGACCCUGCAGCAGCUGGGCACCGUGGGACACUGGCAGUUUCUGCACGGACAGAGCCCAGUUACAUGCUUUCAGGAAUCUUCAACAUUGAAGACUGGGCAGAACAGGCCAGCUGUGGGUCUUCGCUUUGAAGUGGGGCCUGGUGCUGCAGUUCAUUCCCCCCUGGCCACACAAAAUGGCUUCCUGCAUUUCUUGCUUCGAGGCUGCAACCUCGAGUUGCUCACUUCGGUGCUCAAUGGCCUGGGACCCUUCUUGGAGGAUGAGGAGAUCCCGGUGGUAGUCCCCAUGCAGAUUGAGCUCCUCAACUCCAGUAUCACCCUAAAGGAUGAUAUUCCCCCCAUCUACCCAACAUCUCCAGGCCCUAUCCCCAUCACUGUGGCCAUGGAACAUGUUGUACUGAAGCGGAGCGAUGAUGGCAUAUUCCACAUAGGCGCUGCUGCUCACAACAGGCCAUCGGCUGAAGUAUCUAAAAGUGAAAAGAGGCAGCCCCUCAAAGAACAGGUGAAAGAACUGCCUACCCUACAAAAAGAACUUAUAGAAACUAAAAAAGCAUUGGCUAGUGCCAACCAGGAUAAAGAAAAACUUCUUCAGGAAAUUAGGAAAUAUAACCCCCUCUUUGAGCUCUGAUAGCAGUGGCUCAGCCUGUGCCAAGGAGAGAGAUCACCAGCAAAAGCAUCACCUGGGACAAAAGGCACCAUCCAGUGAUGAAUAAGUCUGCUGUGGAUGCCAGAGGAACUAAGGAGUGCUCAAUUCAUUCAUGUGGUGUGCUUUCUAUUAGCCGUUCUGUCUUGGAUGGAGGACAGGGCAAAGCGUGACCACAUCCCAGGAAAUUAGGGCUUGCUUUGUGUUUGGUUUAAUCAUCAUGUCUUGCCUAUAUAAAGCCUUUUGGCCCUCUU